AUGUCCCGGUAUCCUGGCCAAGCAGACCCGCCGACUGCGAGCAGUGACGAGGAUUUGCUCCGGCAGUCUGAUGAUGAGGCUCAUUCGGCGAGUCUCUCCCUGGCAAGUUCCAGCCCGCCACCAGCGUCGGCGUCGGACCAGGAUCUGUUCCAGGAAGAUGACUGUCUGCAACAUGAAAGCCAGGGUCUGUUAUCUGACGACGGGGCGAAUCAACAAGAAGAUCCUGGUGGCCGUUCGGAGUGGAACCAGGGUCGAAACACAGGACACUGGAUUUCUCGGCAGGCCCCGUUGCUUGAGCAGGGCCAGGUGCUACUGGUGAACGCAGUUCGGAACUGUGGUCGGUUGUCCGUUGAGCUGCUCAGGCGUGUUUCGUCGGCAUUGGAUGUGCCAAGAAGACAGGCAUCGCAUGCCCAAGCUCUGGCUGCACACCUUCUCGGUGUUUCAGUGUCGCUGUUGAAGCGAACGGUGCAGCUGGUGGACGUAAACGGUGGGCAGCCAACAGGGAAGGAGCCUGACAACCACCCUGAUGUCAGCGUUGUUCACCAGCAGCGUCCAACCUGGCGGCAAGAAUGUGAAGUCACUGUACGCCUGGCACUGGGAUGUGCUUAUGAGCGCCAGGGUCAAAACUCCUUCGAAAGGGCAGUCGCUCGACACCUUCAGGCCCAGCAGGCGUCUGGCAUCCCUGGUCAGUGUCAGCUUCAGGGUCUGGCGCUGACGGGCUUCUACGACGAGGCGAUCUACUGGUCGGCCAGGGUCCUUCAGGAGAUGGAUGCGCUUCAGUGGUCGGAGCCUCUGAACGGCUUGGGUAUCCCUAGCGACUUCGCUCUCCUGAUUGACCCUGUCAACAUGGAUGCAGGUGCCUUCAGCCGUCAGUACAGUCUGGCGGUCGUCGCCUUGUGUAUAUGCUCCCCGUCGACUGGCGGCCUUGUGGGCCCAAUGGUCGGGGCGGAAAUACUGCCAUUUGGUGGGCACAACUUUGAGCCUCUGCAGGCGCUCAUCCAGAAGAUCCUGGACUCGCACCCCGCUGGUUUGGGUCUGCAUUCGCUUCGGGGUCGUUGUGCCUGCGUCGGAGGAGACGGACAAAUCGUUCGAGGUGGCUCGGCAGCUGCCCAUGGAUCCUCCGGCGUCGCAGAGCGCUUAUGGCAAACCAUUCACGAGGACGGCCUCAGCGGUCUGUUUCUGGAGUGGGAGGCAACUGCAUGGGACAGGUUUCAUGUUGCGGAUAUUUGCCUGUCCAGGGCGGUUCGUUCCAGCCCGUCAGCGUCGGAAGUUUUACAAAUUGUGGCGGAGCUGGACACCUUGUUCGGCGUCGGGGAAGGCAAGGUCCUGUUCGAGAGCGUCGCCAACAGGGUCGGCAUUCCCUUCGUCAAGCUUCCGAGACUGAGUGGGACCAGAAAAAUGGUGUACCUGCGUCUGAGUCUGGUGAAGAACUUCAAGCUCAUAGUGCUUUGCUUGCACGCCAGGAUCCAUUGGAAGCACGAAGGCAAGGGCUCAGCCACUUUGGAGCGCCUGCUGUCUGUGAGCCGCCGAGUCACAGACAUCAGCUUUGUAUCCUUUUUAGUGCCUUUCGAGAUGCUGAUGGAGGAGGCAGUGUCGCCCUACGUCCUCAUUUCCCAGAAGCUGAUAGAGCCUCGAGCUGCGAAAACUUCGGGCCAGGACAUGCUCAGAAAACUGCGGUCGUUCAGUGUCGCCCUGGACUUCUUGCCGGUUUUUCUCACUGUCCUUUGCUUGCUGCGUCAGCACGUCGGCGAGUCGGACUUGCGGAGCUAUGCCAAGGCGAUGUUCAGUUGGUCAGCUCUACGUCCGUGUCGCAUGCUGCUGCCGCGGCUGAUGCCCCUUAUCUUCGACAGGGCGUGGGCAGGAAGCUGCGAGGUCGAACAGGAUGUCUUGGACUCUGAAUUUACCUGCGACUUUGGGAGGACGACGGCGGCGAACGCAGUUAGUCACCUUGGUCUGUUUGUGAGACUGCAGGUGCCCCUCUGGACGAAUGCAAGAUUGGAUUCCAACUGGCCUUACCACAUGCCCCGAUACCAGCUGGUUACACGCGAGGAGGCCAGCCAGCAACAAGGUGUUACGAACAUCUUCAGGGUCCAUGUUCGUGAUCGCAGGGCUAGCUCUUGCCCGCAUACUGACGCAGAUGGUUUGGUGGCGUGGCGCCGCAGGGGUGCGUGCCCUUGCUCAUGGACAUCCAGAUGCAAGGUUCCACUGGGUGUCUAUGAGUCGCAUCGUCACAUCCUGGAAGGCCUAGCGGCAAUGCGUCAAUUUGUCAUCGACAGCAUCGGUCAGCUGUCUGAAGGCCUGACAAACAAAGCCUACAAUGCCGAGAUGCUGCAAGUCCUGGACGCCUGUGAUGAUUGCUUCGAUUGGGGGUUCCUCUGCUUCCAGCGUCCUCUCAAGCGUCACGCGGACGCCUUCCGCAAUGUGUUGGGCAUGUUGAAGCCCUUCUUGCAGCAUUCGCUCUGGCCACCAGCGUCAGCGUCUGACUAUGCCCUGGUCAAGAGGACAUGGGACCUGCCAGAGAAUGUUCUGCUGCUGCAAUAUGGUUGGCUUUGUGAGAGAGUCCGAUGCACGGCUUCCCUAGCAUUCCGGCGUCAGGGCUGGAGCGGAAGCUUUGACGGCAGCAAGCAAAAGACGGCGCCGGAGGAGGUUGUGCAGACUGCGGUGGCAGAAUGGUUCGUCCUGCAGUCCGUCAGCGUGAGAUCGCUCUAUGUGCUGGGCAGCGUCGAGGCGUUGGUCGGGAAGAAGAUCAGGAGCCCAUCCGUCAGCGUCGUCUCACUGAAGAAGAUUGCUUCGGCCAUCUCUCUUUUCUGUGGGUCAGUUGCCGGUUCGACUUUGCCGGCUUCAGCUUACGAGGUCUUCCAGCUGUCGCCCUCCUGCCAUGUGCUCGGUGGUGAUUAG